UUCAGCUGCUGGUGAGCACUUUGCUUUAGUUCCUCCUGACUGAAACACACCUCUCUUUCAGACAGUGAUGUCAUCAUCUACCCCCCUGCUGUCAGAUGAGUUGUUCCAGUGCUCUGUGUGUCUGGAUGUGUUUACCCAACCUGUUUCUCUCCCAUGUGGUCAUACCUUUUGCCAGUCAUGUGUUCUGGCACAGUGGACGGCAUCCGGUGCCUCCCAUUGCCCCAAAUGCUCAACAGUUUUCCAAAAAAAACCAGCAUUUUGUGAAAAUUCUUUCGCUCGUGAGAUGGCUGAACAGAUCCGUAAGCAGAGGGGUCAGAGGUCAUUGAAGCAACUUCCAGUAACCUCAGACAACAUUUUAUGUGACAUGUGCCCGUUACAAAAGGCAUCACAUGCCAAAAGAUCAUGUCUGGAGUGUGUGGCUUCAUACUGUGAGGUCCAUGUGAGUUCACACAACUCCAGGUUCACAAAACACACACUGGUGGAGCCGCAGAGGAGAAUGGACAAACGAAUUUGCAGGAUACAUGAAAGACCCCUGGAGCUUUAUUGCAGAUAUGACCAAACCGUUGUGUGCGUGCUGUGCACAAAUACAGAGCACCACACACAUCACACUAUACCACUGGAGACAGAAUGGGCAGAGAGAAAGACUCAGUUACUGAAGACACAGUUGGACCUUAAGAUGAUGAUUAAGGAGAGACGAAAUAAAGCGGAGGAACUCAAGCACUCUCUAAAACUAAGCAAAGAGAACACAGAUAAAGAGAUGUCAUACACCAUUGAUGUCUUCACUUCACUGCUGCAGUUUAUUGAGAGGCGCCAAAAUGAACUGCUCCAAAACAUGAAACAAAAACAGAAAACAGCAGAGACACAGGUUGAGAAACACAUUAAAGAGCUGGAGAUGGAGAUCACUCAGCUAAACAGUAAACGCUCAGAGCUGAUAAAACUCUUAUCUUCAGAAGACCAUCUCCAACUCAUCCAGUCAUUUCCUAACCCAAGUAUGGUGCCUAAGUGUAAAAGCUGGUCUGAGAUCAGUGCGCAAACAUCUCAAGGACUGGGUUCACUGAGAGAAGCCCUGACUGAUACAGAAGAGCUGCUCAUGACUCAAAUACACACCGCUACACAGAGAGAACUUGAGGCAAUAUCCCAAUAUGCAGUGGACAUGACCCUUGACCCCGAUACAGCAAAUCCCUGGUUGCUGGUGUCUGCGGACAGGAAAAGUGUGUGUGAUGGCAAUGUGGAGUGCAAUGUUCAAAGCAAUGUUCAGCGUUUUGACACAGCACCAUGUGUCUUGUCGAAAGAGCGCAUCACAACAGGAAGGAGUUACUGGGAAAUAAGCGUCUCCAAUAAAACAGCAUGGGAUCUGGGAGUGGCCAAACAAUCAGUCAGCAGGAAGGGUUUGGUGACACUGAGCCCAGACAACGGCUAUUGGGCAGUUUGUCUAAGAGAUGGCAAUGAAUACAGAGCCUGUGAUCAUGAAUCAGUUCUACUAUCACUGAGGACUCGGCCACAAAUAUUAGGCAUAUUUGUAGAUUUUGAAGAAGGACGAGUUUCUUUUUAUGAUACGACUGCAAAGGUUCAUAUUUAUUCUUUUUGCGGACAUCGCUUUUCUGAGAACUUGCUGGCCUACUUUAACCCAGACAUGAAUGAUGCAGAAAAUAACAAAGGUCCAUUGGUUAUACAACCUGUCAAUCUUGCCAAUGGGGCAACAUAUGAUGUUGUCACAAUAUGAAGACUGAAGAGUGAAGACCAAUUAAGACAUACUUGACUGAGAAAAUCAUAUCAGACUGAUUAAAAUGAUAAAACUAUCAUCAUUUUAAUGAAUAAGAUGUACUGUAUAUAUAAUGUGUUACAUAAACCAUACAUUAUUAUGCAUUUGUAGUUAUGUAAUAUACAUUUGUGAUGCGCAUAUAUUUAUGUAGAUAAAUAAAGUCUCCAAACGAUUAAA